AUGGCCACCUUCUGGCCUUCCAUUCUAUAUGCCUUGGCAAUAUGUUUGAUAGCUACAAAUGUAAUGGCAGAUCAUGAGCCCUACAUCUACGCAUCUCCACCACCACCGCCUUAUAUGUACAUGUCACCACCGCCGCCAUCUCCAUCACCCCCAUCUCCUUAUUACUACAGCUCUCCUCCGCCGCCUCAUCACCACCACCACCACCAUCACACGUCACCACCUCCACCGCCUCCUUACUACUAUAAAUCGCCACCUCCUCCGUCACCAUCUCCACCACCACCUUACUACUAUAAGUCCCCACCACCUCCAUCUCCCUCACCCCCACCACCUUACUACUACAAGUCACCACCUCCUCCCUCCCCAUCACCACCUCCACCAUACAUAUACAAAUCACCCCCACCACCAUCUCCUUCACCGCCGCCUCCUUAUGUCUACAAAUCCCCACCUCCUCCAUCUCCUUCUCCGCCACCUCCGUAUAUUUAUAAAUCACCCCCACCACCAUCUCCUUCACCUCCACCCCCUUACCUCUAUAACUCUCCACCACCCCCAUCUCCAUCACCACCUCCUCCAUAUUUGUACAAGUCCCCACCUCCUCCAUCUCCAUCACCUCCACCUCCUUAUGUAUAUAAAUCGCCACCACCACCUUUCCCUUCACCACCACCACCAUAUGUCUACAAAUCACCCCCGCCACCAUCUCCUUCACCACCACCUCCUUACGUAUACAAAUCCCCACCACCACCUUCUCCAUCACCUCCACCUCCUUAUAUCUACAUAUCACCCCCACCACCAUCUCCUUCACCUCCACCUCCUUAUGUUUACAAGUCUCCACCACCGCCAUCCCCAUCACCACCUCCCCCAUAUGUCUACAAGUCCCCUCCUCCUCCAUCUCCAUCACCUCCUCCUCCUUAUGUAUACAAAUCGCCACCACCGCCAUCCCCAUCACCACCUCCACCCUACUAUUACAAGUCUCCACCACCUCCAUCUCCCUCUCCUCCACCUCCUUAUGUUUAUAACUCGCCCCCACCACCAUCGCCAUCCCCUCCUCCUCCCUACUUAUACAAGUCCCCACCUCCACCAUCCCCAUCACCACCUCCUCCCUACUACUAUAAAUCACCACCACCUCCACCAUACUAA